AAUCAAGACGAAAAUAGAAGAAAAAGGAAAGAAACGCUGAUUUGCCAUUUCUCUCUCCUUUCUCUACGCAAUUUCACGGCGGAGGGGUGGACGGUCGAGGGAGAGGAGAUAGAAACAAGAUCACAGCCGUAGGACAUCAUUUUCAUCUCUGACUUCACUGCACGGACUCAGAUAAUCACCAUGAAUGAGAAGGCUAACGUUUCCAAAGAGCUUAAUGCCAAGCAUAGAAAGAUUCUUGAAGGUCUUCUUAAAUUGCCAGAGAAUAGGGAAUGUGCUGAUUGCAAGAGCAAAGGUCCUCGAUGGGCCAGUGUGAACUUAGGCAUAUUUAUAUGCAUGCAAUGCUCUGGGAUCCAUAGAAGUCUUGGAGUACACAUAUCAAAGGUGAGAUCUGCUACACUGGACACAUGGCUUCCUGAACAGGUUGCAUUCAUUCAAUCAAUGGGAAAUGAGAAGUCAAACAGUUACUGGGAGGCUGAGCUUCCCCCAAAUUAUGAUAGAGUUGGAAUUGAGAAUUUCAUUCGUGCUAAGUAUGAGGAGAAGAGAUGGAUUCCCAAGGAUGGGAAACCAAUGUCACCCGUGAGGGGACGAGACGAAAAAGCUUCUGUUCAGUGGCAAAGACCAAGUGAUGGUCAUGGAUAUAUCAGCAAUUCUGGGAAUUCUUCUCAUGAGAACUUUCAAGCACCUAGUGCAAAGGAAAAUAUUCCUGCGUCAAGAGUUAGUCUUCCCAUGCCUCCUAAAGGACCAGAACCUAUUGCUGCUGUUCCAGUGCCGCAACAAGUGAUUCAGAAAACAGAGCCAGCUACACCUGCUGAACCUUCAAAGCAGGUCACAGAUGCUGUCUCUCCUCCUAAAGUUGAUUAUGCUACCGAUCUCUUCAAUAUGCUUUCUUUGGAUGGCUCUAAUGAAAAUGCCUCAUGUGAAGCUUCUGCAGAGGAUAUUUCAUGGGCAGGAUUUCAGUCUGAAAAUUAUAUGUGGCAAUUUGCAGCUGCUGGUGCAUCAUCAACAGCGGAAAAAACUUCUCCAGAGAAAUCUGAUGGCAAUAAAACUGAGUCUGCUUCUGCUUCUGCUUCUGCUUCUGCUUCUGGAAUUGAGGAUCUGUUUAAAGAUUCGCCAUCAAUUGCACCUGCUUCCAUGUCAGAGAAGCCUCAAAAAGAUGUUAAAACUGAUAUUAUGAGUCUGUUUGAGAAGUCCAAUAUGGUGUCACCAUUUGCUUUGCACCAACAACAAAUUGCGAUGCUGGCACAACAGCAGUCUAUUCUAAUGGCCGCUGCAGCCAACUCUUCUGGUGGAAUGCCAAAACUUCAUGGUGAUACACAACAAGUGCCAAAUGGUGUCAACUUGUCCAAUCAGAGUUGGCCAAAUGUUGGGUACCAGUUCCCUGGAAUGACGAUGCCGGCAGCUGGAAAGAGCGAGCUAGAGAAAUAUAUGCAGAUGGGGGACAUGGCAGCAACUCAUCCAGUAGGGAACUCUUUCCCUCUACCAGUUUCCAGCAUGCAUUCCAUGGGACCCAACACUUCUAGCAAUGGUAGUUCGCCUUCUGGAGUGACCAGACAGACAACAUCGUCGGUUUCAGCCGCUUCUCCUCAGACAGGAAAAGAUUUCGAUUUUUCAUCUUUGACGCAAGGGUGGUUCUCGAAGCAGCCCUAAGAACCCCUAAGGUUUUGGCUCAGUCACAACACACCACACGAGAAAUUCACAGAAAAGGUAGCUUUUGGAGUGUUUUCUGAUCAUAAAAACUAUACGAAGACGAGCAGUUUCUGCUUUUUCUUCGUCUGGGGGGUGGCUUUAUUUGUAGUUUUGCAUGUGAGUAAUAAAUCUGUUUAGAUUGAAAUAUUCUUUCUUCUGGAGUCUCUCAACUCUUGUUCAUGUGGGAUUAGUUCAUAUCAUAAGAAAAGAAAGCUUAUUUACAGUUUUGAGAGAAAUUUAUGUUGUUUUAUUUACUGCUUCAAUUACAUGAUUUGGUGGUUGA